CCGAGAGCUACAGCUGACCAGACGUCCAUCUGCAGGAAGAUGUAGGCGGUUAGGAUUCCCGCUGCACGCUCGCGGGAGUGAUGUCAACGCGCGGUUGCUCGGUGUAACUAUAUAUUUUCUUUCAAAAUGCCGACUAUAUCGCGAUUUCAGAAAUGGGCUGUAGGACUGGGAGCGAUGGGCGGUGCAAUAUUAUAUUAUUACAACACGUACAGCGACAACGAUGUCCUGCGAGUCUACAAUUCGUGGACGACAAAUUACACACCCUCGGUGAAGUGGGAUCACAAUUGGGACAGGAGGGAUCCAAAGAGCUUGGUGAAACCGAUGGAGAUACGUGAUGAGAACGAUCAGAAUAAAUAUAAUGAAAAAUUCGAGGCAAAAAGAGCAAGGGCUGUGCGACAUUUACUUCUGGUCCGCCACGGACAGUAUCAUACAGACCGGAAAACAGAUGCUGAAAAAGUGCUGACUGAACUUGGUAGGAAGCAAGCUGAAGCAACAGGAAAAAGACUGGCGGAAUUACACCUACCUUAUUCGUUAAUAGUGAGGUCUACAAUGACUCGUGCUCUGGAAACCUCGAGAAUUAUAGAAAAGAGUUUGAUAGAUGUGCCAGUUGUCGAUGAUCCUUUGCUGAUCGAAGGUGCACCUAUACCCCCAGAACCGCCUAUCGGUCAUUGGCGGUCUGAAAAACAUUUUUUCCAGGAUGGGCCCAGAAUAGAAGCAGCAUUUAGAAAAUACUUUCAUCGCGCGGAUCCUAGUCAGGAACAAGACUCGUACACUAUUCUUGUAUGUCACGCUAACGUUAUCAGAUAUUUCGUUUGUCGAGCCCUACAGUUUCCGCCCGAAGCAUGGCUACGAAUAUGUUUGAAACAUGCAAGCAUCACUUGGCUCUGCAUCCUUCCCAGUGGGAGAGUUACGUUGCUCUGUUUAGGUGAUGCAGGACACAUGUUGCCAGAAAAUCUAACGUCUAGUUAAAAAUAUGUACUUUAUAUGAUGGAAUAUUACUGAUCGUCGAUAAGCAUAUCUAUAUAAAAUUGACUUUAAAAAAAAACGUACAAAUUAAAUUACACCAUUAGUUUGUCAGAUUCCUUUUUCAUGUUAAUUAUGUACAAUUGCAUAAAUGUGAAUGUGGAAUCUUUUCGGAAAAA